UAACCUAUAAAAAAAUUUUUAACCUCACUUCUUUAAUAAAAAUGUUACAAAAACUCCUUUUAAACACCACUUUAAAAUCAAUAUGUAAUAUAAAAUGUAUUAGAAAGUUUAGCGAUCAUUCAGUGAAUUCUCUUCCAAAAAGGAUAUUUUCUGGUAUUCAACCAACAGGGACUAUUCACUUAGGCAAUUACUUAGGAGCGAUAAGACAAUGGGUUAGAUUACAAGAAGAAGACAAUGGAAUUAUUUUAAGUAUUGUUGAUCUUCAUUCAAUGACCCUUCGUCAUGAUCCAAAAGUUUUAUCUGAAAAUAUAUUGAAAAUGACUGCAACAUUGUUAGCUGUUGGAUUAGAUCCUAAAAAAGUGAUUAUUUUUCAACAAUCUUCUGUACCACAACAUACAGAAUUAUUUUGGUAUUUAAGUUGCAUUUCUACAAUGGCCAGAUUGGCUCAUUUACCGCAAUACAAAGAAAAAUCUGCACAAUUAAAAGAUAUUCCCCUUGGAUUAUUUGUUUACCCAGUUUUACAAGCAGCUGAUAUUUUAGCUUAUAGGGCUACUCAUGUACCGGUCGGUGAAGAUCAAUUACAACAUUUACAAUUGUCACAAGAGUUAACUAAAAUGUUUAAUAACCGUUUUAAAACAAAAUUUCCAAUUCCUCAUGCUGUAAUAACAGAAAAUGCGAAAAUUAAAAGCUUACGUAACCCUGAAAAGAAAAUGUCUAAAUCUGAUCCAGAUACGAAAGGUUGUAUUUAUAUAACAGAUUCUGAAGAAGAAAUAACUAAGAAAAUUAAAAAAGCCAUCACCGAUUUUAUUUCUGAGGUUGAAUACAAACCGGAAACACGGCCAGGAGUUUCAAACUUGGUCCUUAUGCACUCAGCGGUUACAGGAAAACCAAUUGAAACUAUAAUUAACGAUGCCAAAGGGUUAUCAACAGCCGAAUACAAACAUAUUGUAGCAUCAGAAGUGAAUGAUCACUUAUCACCGAUUAGAGAGAAAUAUUAUGAAUAUUUGGAUAAUCCGCAGCAUUUACUUGAUGUUUUAGAAAGUGGAAGAAGUAUUGUAACACCAAUAGCAGAAGAAACACUUCGAGAUGUUAGAAAAGCUUUAGGUGUUGGAUUUAAUGUAAAUAAUAAACAGAUGUUAAGUGUAAAUAUAUGAAAUAUUUCAUAAA